GUUUCUGACCCGCUUGUUUAUUUUGCCAAGGAAAGAUGGCAGGAACAGAAGUUGAAUUCGGUGAUGACUUUAAGGUCACCCAGGAGAUGAAGGAUGCCUUUAAUCAAUAUGGAUACGUGAUUGUACGUAAUGUGUUAUCCAAGGAAGAAGUUAAUAAGUUAUUUGAGGUUUUUGACGUCAGUGAUCUGGUCAAGAAUCACAUGGACGUAUAUUCUGAUGGGGACAAACAUAUGUGUAGAAAAACCAUGUGGAACCAGCCCGGAAAUGACGUCACUGGAAUGCUAGCACGAUGUGAAAAAGUAGCUGGAACCUGCGAAGAGUUAAUAGGUGGAGAAGUUUACCACUAUCACAGUAAGCUAAUGAUGAAACAACCCAAGAUAGGUGGUAAACAUCAAUGGCAUCAAGAUUAUGGAUAUUGGUAUUAUAAUACGGCAUUACGUCCCAAUUUGAUGACAGUUUUCAUGGCUUUGGACAGAUGUCACAAAGGAAACGGAUGCCUACAGAUUUUAGAAGGAUCCCACCUCUGUGGUCGUAUAGAUCAUACAAGAGUUGGAGAUCAGAUGGGAGCAGAUAUGGAUCGGGUUAAAAUGAUACAAGAAAUAUGUCCACUGAAAUAUGUUGAACUCAAUCCAGGAGAUGCUGUGUAUUUUCACUGUAAUAUUCUACACUGUAGUGCGGUUAAUACCAGUCUAGAUAGAAGAUGGGCGAUACUAUGUGCUUAUAACAGGGCCGACAAUAAUCCCGUGGAGAAACAUCAUCAUCCCUUCUAUACACCACUUAACAAGGUACCAAAUACAGCUAUUAUGGACUGUACUACGAUGUGGGACUCAACGGGAAAAGAUCCGUUUACCGUAGACAAAAGGUUGGAGUCCAACUUUGGAUACAUCAAAAGAGAACUGUAAAGAUAUCAAUUCUUGAAAUAAAAACAUUUCUUAACAUUU